AUGAGGGAAACUUACUGUUUCAAGAUCCAAGCAGAUCUCAUCAUUCGCUUGGCUGAUGAGUUCAACACGACACAGACGACCAUAUCUGUGGCUAUGGUUGCAUUACUACUUCAUCGAUACACUUUGAAAUCCGAUGCAGUCAAGCUACUUGCUGGCGAAAACCAAUUAACAAUUGUAGCGGGAGAAAAAACAUUUGAAAGUAUUGUCUCAUCUAUUCAUGUAAAGGACGCCAAUGUUAUUGUAUUUAACUUACCCGUAUCAAGCACAAUUCAACCAGCGUCAUUCACCAGUCAUCGUCUCUCGUUGAACACGAACCAAAAGUACUCUGAUAAGAGCAACACUACGUAUUGCUAUCAGCUGACUUUUUCUAAUUUAAAUUUAGACAGAAAAACUGCAAGUGACUUUUGCAAUGCCUUUCAAAAUCUAGUAGAAUACCUUGGAAGUAAUACUCAUAUGGCUCGUUUUCUUUCUUACGAUCAACUAAUGACAAUACCACUUCUAUCCAAGAAUACGAUCAUUGAAAGUCCUCGCUCUUUGGCAGUUACAGAGCUCUCGAAUACCAGCACAAUUUACGAUCAUUUUCAACUCGUGGCCAGUCGCUAUCCAAGUCGAAUAUGUUUGCAACAGAAAGCAAGGGAUCCGUUCACAAUCACCUACUCUGAAUGCAUAAAAUGUGUCGAUCAUCUUACGUCUAUUCUCAAAGAUGAAUUAGCUUUAAAACAAACGAGUUUAAUAGGAUUAUGGAUGGAUAAUUCAUUUGAGUACAUCAUUUGUAUUUUGACUACGUUCAAGUUGGGUGCUAUUUUUGUACCACUCGAUACUAAGCAUCCAGCUGCAAGACUCGAGUUAAUUGAGAAACAAUUGCUGUUAAAUAUCAUACUCACGAAUAAUUCUAUAUUACCAGCAUCUAUUCAUGUUCCAAUGUUUAAUGCUCCAAGAGUUCGAAUAAAUGUGACGAUGAACAAAGAGCUAGAAAUUGAAGCAUUUCAAAAUACAACCAGUUCAUGCACCGAUUCAUUAUCUGAGUUGAAACAACGAGCUAAGCCCGACGCUGGAUAUAUCAUUUUUACUUCGGGCUCUACCGGCCAACCUAAAGGUGUCUUAAUCGAAGAAGUGAACCUAUUGAAUAUGGCUCUCUCGCAAAUAAGCUUUUUCGACAUUCAAAUAUCGGAUGUUGUUGCUCAAUUUGCAUCGAUCUGUUUUGAUGCGUCCUUAUCUGAAAUCUUUAUGGCACUGUUAGCUGGUGCUUGUCUUGCUAUAUUCGAUUCAUCUAUGGAUCGAGUCGGUAUGAGAUUUAUUGACGCACUUAAUCAAUUGUGCAUCACAGUAAUAACAUUACCACCAAGCCUGCUGUCCACAAUUGAUCCCAGACAAUUACCAUACAUUCGUAUUGUUGUUUCCGCAGGUGAACCAUGUCCUAGACAACUUGGGCAGAAAUGGAUCGGUUGUCAUCGCCGUUUUUUUAAUGCUUACGGACCAAGCGAAGUGGCUGUUUGUGCAACAAUCUACGAAUUCGAUGAAAAAAAUCAGUUAUCAACCAUCCAUGGUGAAACACUACCUAUUGGUACUCUCAUCGAUAAUCUAUGCGCACGUGUGGUUGAUUCUCAACUUAAUGAUGUACCAGCUGGUAUGCCCGGUGAAUUGGUCCUAGGGGGAGUCGGUGUUUCCCGUCACGGCUAUCUAAAUAGUGCACAGAACAAGGUUUUUCUCGCAUGGCAAGAAAAACGGUGGUAUCGUACCGGUGAUUUAGUUGCGACAGUAGCGCCCAACCAUACAAUUUUCUCGUAUCUGGGUCGCAAAGAUUCACAAGUGAAAUUUUAUGGAUGUCGUAUUGAAUUAAACGAAAUAGAAAUGGCAAUUCUUCGUUGUCCUCAUGUUACCUACUGUGUUGUGAUUCUACAUAAUUGUGGCCAUUGUAAGAAUGAUCAAGGGGCUAUAGUUGCUUACGUGGAUGGCUCUACAACAGUAGAAUCAAUUCAUGAAUAUCUUUCUCAAAUAUUACCAUCGUAUAUGUUGCCAACGUACAUUAUUCGAAUGCUCGUUACCAAUCUGCCAUCAACGCUUUCAGGUAAAAUCAAUCGGCAGCUACUUACUAUCGAUAAAACUAUUCAUGAUGAACAUAUUCAUAAUACAUACCUGACAAAUGUUGAAAACAAGCUUGCAGUUCUUUGGCGCGAAGUUUUGUGUGAUCAAUGCGAUCAUAUCACAAACCAACAACUAAAGAAUCGCACGAUUGCUCAACUAGGUGGCAAUUCAUUAACUAUUGCUCUUCUUCAUAAUUUAAUAGCAGAGCGAUUUGCUGCCAAAAUAUGUAUUCAUGCUCACAUGGUACUGAACGAAAUGGCCACAUUACUGUCUCAACACGACAACAACGAUCAUAUUUCCUACGAAUCUAUGAUGAAGGAUCUGAAUGAUGAUGAGAGUGAGAUUGGAUUGAAGAGCAUAAACAGCGAUUUUCGUCCGAGUCUGUCUAAUCAAAUAUCAACGAUGUUAUUGACGGGUGCAACAGGGUUUCUUGGAUCCUUUUUACUUCAUGAAUUACUGACUACGACAUCGAUGAUUGUUCUCGUACUGGUACGUGCAAAUUCACUAGACGAGGCAAACAACCGACUAAAAUCGGCAUUAAUCAAAUAUGGCUUAUUUGAUAACAUCACACAAGAAGCAAUCAAUAAUAAUAAUAAAAAACGCGUUCAGAUCUGUUUGUGUGAAAAUCUAACCAAUGAAAAUCAGGUUGGUUUUGGUUUUAGCUUCAAUGAUGACCAAUGGAGUCAGAUCGACGCUGUUCUUCAUUGUGCAGCAGAUACUAAUUUCAAUGCAACUUACAAUCAACUAAGGCACGUCAAUGUAUUGUUCACUAAAUAUUUCAUUCGGCAAUGUGUCCGCUAUUCAAUACCGCUGUACUAUGUGUCGAGUCUAAGCAUUUUCUUAUUUUCUGACAACAAAGAUUCGUCACUUCGCAUACGAGAGACUGAUCAGCCUCAUCUACCAUCAAUCAUAGGUGGUUAUAGUCAAUCCAAAUAUAUUGCUGACAUGCUAGUACUUCGAUCACUACGAAAAGAUCUACAGGGUGCAAUAUUUCGGCCUGGUAGAAUUACUGGUUCAUCUACAACGGGCAUUGGUACAAAUGAAGAUCUAUUCGUGUUAAUGGUGCGAGGCUGCUAUAAGCUCGGUGCAUAUCCUCAUUUGACAUUUCCAUUUGACGUUACUCCUGUUGACCUUGUAUCUAAAUCAAUUGUCACUAUCAUUCGUCAUCAGCAUUCAUUAGCAACAUCUUAUUCACUACCCAUCCAUUUAAUAAAUACACAAACGAUACCAUUCGAUGAACAGUUCAAGCUAUUGUGUCGUUCAGGUUGUUCUACGAAUGAACUGGAACCGUUGCCUUAUAACGAAUGGCUUACAAAGCUGCUUGAGCAAAUAAAAAUGGAUCAACAACGUCGAUCGCCUAGAUUCAACCCGCUUCUUCCCUUAAUUCCAUUUUUACAGUCACCUUUCUGGCAAAAUGUUCAUCGAUGGCCAGUAUUUGAGCCGACAAAUGACCUAGAUGCCAUACUAGAUCGAUCGCCAAGUGAACUCUUUGAAAUCUAUAGGCAUGUAUGGAAACGACAUGGUUUUUUCUAA